ACUUGCACGGGGAUCGUGGUGAAUCGAAAUAUUUUUCAAUUUUUAUCGUGAAAUCCAUCUGUUUUAUCGAAAUAGUUCUUUGACGGAUAGUGCAUUCGUGCCAUGGCAGAGUUACUAAUCGAUCCGAACAUCCGGGGAUGGGUGUUUCUGCCGAUUGUGGUUAUCACAUUCCUGGUUGGUAUCAUUCGUCAUUAUUUUUCGAUAUUGAUUAGCUCCCAGAAGAAAGUCGAGCUCACGCAGAUUCAGGACAGCCAAGCCAUGAUCCGCGCCCGACUGCUCCGGGAAAACGGUAAAUAUCUCACCCCGCAGUCGUUCGCCAUGAGACGGCACUACUUCAACAACGAGGAGACGGGUUACUUCAAAACACAGAAACGGGCUCCGCCUAGUCCAAACUCCACGGCAAUGCUGUCGGAUCUGGUCAAGGGUAACUUCAUCAAUGUGCUCCCGAUGAUCGUCAUCGGUGGAUGGAUCAACUGGAUGUUCUCCGGCUUCGUCACGACGAAGGUUCCCUUCCCGUUGACCUUGCGCUUUAAGCCGAUGUUGCAGCGGGGAGUCGAACUGGCUUCACUGGAUGCCGCCUGGGUAUCGUCCGCAUCGUGGUAUUUCCUGAACGUGUUCGGGUUGAGAAGCAUCUACACGUUGGUUCUGGGAGAGAACAAUGCCGCCGAUCAGACGCAAACCAUGCAGGAUCAGAUGUCCGGGGCAGCGGUGGCCAUGCCACAGGAUCCGAAAGCAGCUUUCAAGGCGGAAUGGGAAGCGCUGGAGAUUACCGAGUACCAAAAUGCACUAACCAAUAUUGAAACGGAAAUGCUGAUGGCAGCCAGCAGCGGAUCUUUGCCGCUGGAAGCGUCCAGUGCCGCCUACCAUAGUAGGGAAGAAGGUGCACUUAAAAACUAGGAUCACUCGCACGCAUUUAUCUCGUAGUUUAAUCCAGAAAGAAAAUUGUUGUUUUAUUCUAUAGCGAAGGUUAAAGAUUCGUCACACGCAAAUGUUUUGUGGUAAAUAGCCGUAUCAAAGUGUUGCACUUGGUGGGAAAAUCGUGAAAUCAAAGAUAAAUAAUGAGUAUCAUCAUCGUAUUUAUUUUUAAAUAUAUUGCAUUUCAUUUGGUUGGGACUAUUAGGCAACAAGAUACCGAUUGUAAACGGGAUCAAUAGAGUUUAGUUAGUCGAAUGGGAGACUAUAAUAUUGUUUACGAUAGCUCAAUAAAACGACGAAAUAAAUCCUUUAAAUUCAA